UCGCCGUUGACACCGCACCAUGAUGCAGCCCGGAGACAGCUUCCCGGGCAGCCACCACUCGCUGCACCCGCACUCGCAUAUGCCCAUGGAUCUGCAUAUGGCGCAGGGCUUCCAGUACUACCGGUAUGGCCACGGUACACCGCAGGACUACCAUCUGGCUGCAGCCGGAAAGCCGACCGUGGAGGAGCUGGCCGUCGCCCAGGGAGGCGUCAACUCACGAUUACACUGGUCUCCAGAGAUGAUGCAGCCGGCGCAGUCAGGCAUUCUAGAGAUCCGCAAGGAGAAGUCGCGCGACGCGGCCCGCUCGCGCCGCGGCAAGGAGAACUACGAGUUCUACGAGCUGGCCAAAAUGCUGCCUCUGCCCGGCGCCAUCACCUCUCAGCUGGACAAGGCGUCCAUCAUCAGGCUGACCAUCAGCUUCCUCAAGAUUGGCGAGUUCAGCAGCCAGGGCGACCCUCCCUGGGCGCGCGAGCCGCCGCCCAACAAACUGUACAAAAGCUCUCACCUGAGGUCACUCUCGGCUGUUGCAGGCUCUCACCUGAGGUCACUCUCGGCUUCUCUGGACGGGUUCGCGUUCACGUUAGCGACUGACGGAAGAUUUCUGUACAUAUCAGAAACAGUGUCCAUUUACUUAGGAUUGUCACAGGUGGAGAUGUGCGGCAGCAGCAUCUUCGACUACAUCCACUCUCAGGACCACGCCGAGUUCGCCGAGCACACGGGGCUGACACUGAGCAACGGCCGACCUCUGGCCUCGCCCGGCGAGGAGAACGCCGGCCCGGUCGGCACCCACAACCCGGACGUGAACGCCAUCAUGACGAUGGACUCCAACAGCGGCUUCGAUGGUCUGGAUCGGGCCAUCUGCGUGCGGAUGAAGUCGACGCUGACGAAGCGCGGCUGCCACUUCAAGACGCCGGGCUACCGGGUGGUGCUGCUUCAGUGCCGGCUGCGGCCGCAGUACGCCUUCUCGCACAGUCGCAAGCCGUCCUCGCCCAACCUGAUGGGUCUGGUCGCCAUGGCGAUCGCGCUGCCGCCGCCCAGCGUGAACGAGGUUCGGCUGGACGCCGACAUGUUCGUGACCCGGCUCACGUUCGACUUCCAGAUCGCGCACUGCGAGCCCAAGGUGUCCGACAUGCUGGACUACUCGCCCGAUGACAUGACUGGCCAGAGCCUGUACACCCUCUGCCACGGAGCGGACGUCUACCUGCUCAGGAAGGCGCACGUGGACCUGCUGAACAAAGGACAGGUGCUGACCAACUACUACCGCCUGCUCAACAAGUCGGGCGGGUUCACCUGGCUGCAGACCUGCGCCACGAUCGUGUGCAAUAACAAAAACGCCGAAGAGCAGAUGAUCAUCUGUGUCAACUACGUGAUAUCCCGAACGGAGCACGACGGCGUGUUCAUGGACGGCUCCCAGGUGGCAGGCAGCGUGCAUCUGAAGCCGGAUGACGGCAGUGGCCACGCAGCUGACGGGUCGGACAGGCCUGAUGGCAGCAGUGCGGCUUCAGAAUCGUCGCCAGGGAGCAGUGAAAACGCAGGCGAGCUGCGCAUAGAUGGCGUGGCAGACUCCAAAGGUCCUGCCAAGCACCUACCGCAAGACCACACCAAAGUGAAAACCGAGACGGGCGCCGCGUUCGAGCCGCCCGAACGGCGCGAGCCGACGAGCUCAGUGAAGGAGCUCGAGUCGGCCAUGUCGAAGCACCUGCCGGGAGAGCCGACCGACUUCAGCGCCGACGCGCUGCUCAAGAACCAGCAGCGGCCGACCAUCCAGUGGAUCGGCGCCGGUGGCCAGGCGCCGGCCUCCACCCUGCUGCGCCAGCUGUACGCUAGCCGCGAGAGCGUCAUCCGCUCCAACAUUCAGGCGGCCGCCAGUCGCGCCUACUACCCAGACAUGCAGAACAUGCUGCCUACACCCCCCGGCGGCGAGGCCUACAACGAACAGUUCUACAAGUUGGCAGCAGACGGAUACGCGCUGCCGUACGGCGCCACCGCCGUUCCCACCGGCUACGAGUACCACACGAUGACGCCGCCGUCGUCCGUGUCGCCGCGGGACAAAGCGCCACACGGCGACCAGUUCGACCCGCGUUUUGAGCCGUUCAAGCCGCAGCCGUACCCGUACCUGGCCGGCCUGGAGCAGGGCCAGUUCGGGGGCGAGCCGGGCCGCCUGUACCCGGACCCCGCCGGCUUCCACCUCUACCACAGCUCGCCCAAGUCUCCCGGCAGCUACGACGCGCUAAAGUCACCCGCCUGGUACACGCCGCAGUCGUAGGACCACCGGCAGACAGCGUGGCGACAGCGGGCGCCGGCCGGCGGCGGGCCGGGCCGAGUCUCAGUUACCAGGCCGUCGGGCCGGCCGUCGUGACGCGGUCCGUUACUGGCGCUGGCCGGCCGACCGGCCAGCGGGGCGGCCCGACACACCGCCUGCCAUCGACCAGCCGCUGUGCGUGACCGCACCUGACCUGCGGUCGGUGGACCUCUGCGGAGCGCUGCUGGCCCGGCACCAGUGGCCGCGCGCCGAUGAGGGCCACGUUCGCGACGCGGUCGUUUGGCUCUGUUUCACGGCCGCUACCCGCUCCCUCAGAUAUGCACUGGGCGAGCGGCUGCCCGUCGCGGCACUGGCCCGAGUCUCAGAGCUAUCCGUCGAUCAGUCUGAUUUACACGCAUAUCAUGGUGCCAUUGUCAUUUGGCGAUCAGCGACUGUGGUUAUGGGUACACUGUCGUACAAACAGCAGAGUAUUCUUUUCCUCCUUGUUGGCGUGGCGGCCCGUUGUGGCGGGCGUCGACCGCCGCCACGCGCCCAGCCCUGGUGAGCUUACCCCACCCUGCGCGGGCGAGGUCAUUCUUUCGUUGGUCGAGCAGACGACGUCGAAGGCGCGGCAAGACGUCUUCAGUAUCUGUGAUUCCUAGUUUACGUUGUUUACCGUACUUGUCUGGGAGCGCCGCGCGCUGGUGGCGCCAGCGGAGCGCGCGGCGAGGGCGUCACGUUUCACAGGGUACGAUUCCAUAAGCGGGCGGUCUGGCCGGACGGCGUGCACGCGAAAGACACGGUACCAGGUCGAGGCGUGUAGAUACAGUAGACAAUGCGGGAUGCGCGAUGACUAUUUAUUCACGUGUAUAUAGGACAGUGAGACGUAGGUUGUUGAGUUUUGUUUUGACGGGCGGGAGGACGCGGCUCCGGUCGUCCCCGGCAAGCGCUGCCACGUAUUCACCGCUUAGUAUUGUCGUAUCCGCAUUCUUAGUCGAUACCUAGUUGUUCUCGCAAUCAUUUAAGUGUUAUCGAAAAAUAAAGCAUCGA